CGCCCGCCGGACCUCUCAUCUCUCUCUAGAAAGUGUUAAGUAUAGUAGAAGCCGCCAUGCGAGUAAGCUGUAAUGGAUGCAGAGUCCUUCGCAAAGGCUGCAGUGAUAACUGCACCAUAAGACCCUGCCUACAGUGGAUCAAAACCCCCGAAUCCCAAGCCAACGCCACCGUCUUCCUCGCCAAGUUCUACGGCCGUGCCGGCCUCCAAAACCUCAUCAAUGCUGGCCCCGAUCACCUCCGUCCCGCGAUCUUUUCAUUACUAUAUGAAGCAUGUGGGCGUAUCGUGAACCCGAUCUACGGCGCGGCUGGCUUGCUCUGGUCCGGAAACUGGCACCUCUACCACGCCGCUGUCGAAGCCGUUCUACACGGCUCGCCGAUCGUGCAACUUUCUCCGGACUCCGAAUUGAGCACCACCUCGUCCUCCUCUCCGCUCUCAGAUCCACCGGAGACCCCUCUCCAUCGUCGCCGGAGCUCACCCGUAGCGCCAGUCGCUUCUCCGCCUCCGCCAUCGAGGCGAUGGCUGACCAGUCCUCUCUCCCUCAUCAAUGAAAACAACCAGUCACCAACUUUGGGCUGCUCGGUUUGAUGGAGAGCCU